AUGAUUGAAAACAGUCAAUUAACAUUUAAAGAAGAUACAUUGUAUAAUGCUUUAAACGCAGCAUUUGCUUAUAUAUUAGGUCAUGAACAAGUACAAAAUAGUGGUAUUGCAAUAUACUUAGAUAAAGUUAUGUUAAAGAAACCAUUGACAUUCACAGAAGAUGGUCCAAAAGCAACUGGUAUUGUUGGUGAUGGAACAUUAUUGACGAAAGAAUACUUAGCAAGUCAUGUCGGAGAAUUUUUCUCCACUAAUGAUAGCAUCAGUACAACACCAGAAGUUAUUUUAUUGAAGAAACCAAUCACAUUUGAUGUUAAAGGAAAGACAAAAGCAACUGGUAUAGCUGGCGAUGGAGUUCUUCUGACUAAGGAAUACUUGAAGAAAAAUAUCAAUGACUUCGUUGAAAUUGUCAAAGAUAAAGAAUCUGGUCUUAAGUUCAACCCUUUAUCAUUCAUCUUUGCCAUAGCAAACGCCGGUGCUACUGCAGCCUCAUGGAUAUCACUCCAGAGUCAAAUAAAUGCUCUUUGGGCUUUUGUUGAAAGUCAAGAAG